AUGGGUAAUGACAAAUUUAUUUUAAUAUUCAACGGUAUGCAUCCAAUAUACAUAUCAAAGAAGCAAGAUUACAUACACUUACAAAUAGGAGUAUAUGAUACUGAUAUUACCCCUCAUUUAUUCCCUUCUUCUCAAAUUCCUGAGUUAUUUGAACAAGUCAUCGUUCUGAUCUCUACAUGUGGUUUUCAAACAUCAUCGGAGAAAUCCACAGCUGCCAUAUUCGAAUCCCUCAAAACCUUCAAACCAGACAGAGUAAUUUAUUUUUAUGCGAGUACAGUACCAUCCUUACCAAAUUUACCAUUUGCUGUACACUGUAUCAAUGUAUCUUCACCAACAUCGAAGAAUACAACGCCUUAUUCGAUUUUUUACGAGAAUCAUUUUUCAUUUUUAAUGAUUCAACAGACAUCUAAGAAUGUCAAUGGAUAUUUAUCACUUAUUCUUGAUAGAAAUGUUCCUCUUCGUAGUACUACCACUAUAAUUGUUUCAAGUGGCUUGAAUUUAGAGUGGGUUUCAGCUCCUUAUGAAGAAAUCUGCAAAAGGACACGAUCUAUCACAUUAUCUUCAUCAUACUUCCAUUCGUUGAACUCUAUUAUGUGUGCUUUAUCUGUUUCUAGUGCUUUUCGCAACAAUAAUUCGUUUUGUUUGCAAAUUUCGACAGUUUUAGACGACAAAACUAUUUAUGUUGCGAAUAACUACUUCAGGAAAGCAUCGAAUGAUGAUGAAUUCAACUUGUCCUUUAAUUUCUACGCAUUUGGAAUGCUCUAUCUUCGACAAACAGCUGUUUCUUACUUCAGUUCGAAAGGAAUUUUUGACAGAAGAUAUCAAUGGAACUACAACAACAUCCCAUGCGAUGAUGAAUCACAAGGAUUCGUCAAGAAGCUGAUAAAAAGAUUCAACUGUGUGAUUUCUAGUAAUUCACCACUAAAUAACGCACAAAAGGACUAUUUGCUGUUCUCAAUAAAUAACUUGGGAAUUCCUUUCAUAAGUGAUGUUAUAAAUAACUUGAUUGCGCCUCCAAACGAGAACUACAUUUUACUCCCUCCUUUCAUAUUCUACAAGAGCGAUUCAGAGAGUGAGAAGCAACAGCAACUGGACUUGCUUCAGGGAGGUACAAUCAUAAUAUCUGAAUACUUGAGUUCGACUGAUUUCGAAAAACUUUUGAAUAUACUUUCUCUUCAAUAA